UUCCCUACCAAAAUUCGGAAUUAAAAAAAGGAAUGACAACCUCCAAGAUAGACAAAACUUUCUCACUCUACUUGACUUGAUACAAACUAUUUAAGGGGUCCAUGUCAUAAUCAAAGGUCCCUUAAGAUUUGUACUUCACCAAAUACUAAAAUUUAGGCAUUAUCCCAUUUCAUUUUGCCUACAUUCUCUAUAUCAUUUCAUUCAUUACUUUUGCUCUCUUUCUUCUUCCUUCCUUCCUUCCUUCACCUUCUCUGUCACACUGUCUCACUUCCAUUUAUACUACUAUUACAUUUUAUCAUUACCUUAAUAACCUCAUAAACCCUUCAUUUUAAUUUCGUAUUGUAUUAUAAAUAUAUUUCUUCUCUUCGCCCUCUUUUUUUUCUUCUACACAUAAACAUAAUUUACAGAGAAAAUGGUGCUCUGACUCUACUGCUCUUUGCUUUGAAUAUUCAGGUACUCAAGAAGUUGGCUAUGGAGUCACCGAAACCAUUAAUGGAAGUUUAUAGUCUAGCCACAAAAAUGGCAACCAAUUCAUAUCAAAUUAUGCUUCUUUUCCUCUUAUUUUGCUAUUUCCCGCCAAAUUUAGCAUCUUUAACGGUCGAAAAAGCUGUUCUUCUUGAAUUCAAAUCCCACCUUAAAGACCCAUCAAACCUCCUUACAUCCUGGAAUGAUUCCAACUCUCCUUGUGAAUUUUCUGGAGUGUCCUGUGACUUACAAACUGGGAGAGUAGAUGGGAUUCAUCUAGAUAAUGCUUCAUUAGCCGGCGAGGUUUCGCCUUCUGUGUGUAGGCUACAAGGCCUUAAAUUUCUUGUUCUUCCAUCAAACUCCAUUUCUGGGAACAUCCCAUCAGAGUUGAACCAGUGCAGAAAUCUGAAGGUUCUGAAUUUUACCAUCAAUAAGUUGGUGGGUAGGAUUCCUGAUCUUUCUGGUCUUAAAAAUUUGGAGGUGCUAGAUUUGUCAGAUAAUUUUUUGAAUGGUGAAUUUCCUACUUGGGUUGGCAAUAUGACAGGAUUAGUCUCUUUGGGUCUAGGAAAUAAUUUUUUCAACGAAGGGCGAUUACCGGACAGUCUAGGCAAUCUGAAGAACUUGACUUGGCUGUUCUUAUCCAACUGCAAGAGGGUAGGAGAAAUUCCAGAAUCAAUUUAUGGCCUGAAAGAGCUUGUUACAUUUGAUUUGUCAAGGAAUAGGCUAUGUGGGAAGUUGUCUGAAUCAAUUUCUGAGUUGCAAAAGCUGACAAAGAUUGAGCUUUUUGCUAACAAUUUGACUGGAGAAAUUCCUUCAGAGUUAGCAAAUCUGACUCUUCUGCAGGAAUUUGAUAUAUCAGCUAACCAUUUCUCUGGGAAGUUGCCUCCAGAGAUCGCGAAUCUGAAAAACCUGACAGUUUUUCAGCUGUAUGAGAAUGACUUUGUAGGGGAACUUCCUCGCGGUUUUGAAGAUUUGCGCAAUCUUAUAGGCUUUUCGAUUUACAGAAACAGCUUUUCAGGGGAAAUUCCAGCAAAUUUUGGGAGAUUCUCUCCAUUAGUUAGUAUAGACAUCUCUGAAAACAAUUUUACUGGUUCUUUUCCUAGGUACUUGUGUGAAAGCCGAAGCCUACAGUUCUUGCUUGCUCUGAAUAAUGGGUUUUCCGGAGAAAUUCCUGCUUCCUAUGCUGAAUGUAAAUCACUUGUGAGGCUCAGAGUCAAUCACAACCGUCUGUCAGGGCAACUUCCUGAUGGUAUAUGGGCAUUGCCUAAUGUAGAUAUAGUGGAUUUCAGUAAUAAUGAACUUACAGGUCAGAUGUCUUCAGAUAUAGGGAAUUCGACUGCCAUGAGUCAGUUAAUUUUGGAGAACAAUAGGUUUUCUGGUGAACUUCCAACAGAACUUGGAAAACUUACUCAACUAGAGAGGCUUUAUUUGAGUAAUAAUUCAUUUUCUGGUGUGAUUCCCCCUCAACUUGGAGCCUUGAAACAGCUAUCAUCAUUACAACUGCAAGGAAAUUCCCUUUCUGGUUCAAUACCACAAGAGUUAGGCGAGUGCACGAGGCUUGCUGACUUCAAUCUUGCAGGCAACAUGAUAGAUGAUAAGAUCCCUUCUACACUUGCUCAGAUGACCUCAUUGAACUCUCUCAAUCUUUCAAGGAAUAGGCUUAAGGGUUCAAUUCCAAGCAAUCUAGGAAAGUUGAGAUUGAGUUUGAUCGAUUUAUCUGACAAUGAGUUAUCAGGAAGUGUUCCUCAGGGCUUGUUAAACAUUGGCAGCAGUGAUUCCUUUCGAGGGAACAAAGGGUUGUGUGCUUACAAGAGUAUGAAAACCUUUGUAAAUUAUGGGAUUGGAGUGUGCAAUGGUGAAGAAAUCCACGAGAAGGGGUUGUCAAAUAGACUGAUAGCAACUUUUUCUGCUCUGUCUUUCCUUGUUUUGAUCUUAUCCGCGUUAUUGUUCUUGAACUACAGACACUACAAGGUUUCAAACUCUUGCUCCAAAGUUGAUCUUGAAGGCAGCAAUGGCAUGGAACCAAAAUGGAAAGUUGAAUCUUUCCACCAUUUGGAAUUUGAUGUAGAUGAAAUCUGUAACUUGGAGGAAGAUCAUCUGAUUGGAAAUGGAGGGGCGGGAAAGGUUUAUCGUUUGGAGCUUAAGAAGAACGGUGGAAUAGUGGCUGUAAAGCAACUAUGGAAGGGAACAUCUUUUAAGGUGAUAUCAACUGAGAUGAAUAUCUUGGGAAAUAUUAGACACAAGAACAUAUUAAAGCUUUAUGCCUGCUUACUGAGAGGAAACACUGCUUUUCUAGUCUUUGAGUACAUGGAAAAUGGUAACUUGUUUCAAGUGCUUCACCGGGAGAUCAAGGAUGGGCAGCCAGAAUUAGAUUGGAAUAAGCGCUACAACAUUGCUUUAGGAGUUGCAAAGGGUCUAUGCUAUCUGCAUCAUGACUGCUCACCUCCUAUCAUUCACCGAGACAUAAAAUCAACCAACAUCUUACUCGAUCAGGAAUAUGAGCCAAAGAUUGCAGACUUUGGGGUAGCUAAAGCCACAUAUGAUUCUGCAGAGGUGUCUGAGUUUAGUUGUUUUGCUGGUACUCAUGGUUACCUUGCUCCUGAACUCGCAUAUACAUGCAAGGUCACAGAGAAGAGUGAUGUAUACAGUUUCGGGGUGGUACUUCUUGAAUUGCUGACAGGAAAGGGACCAAUCGAAGAGCUUUAUGGAGAAGGAAGAGACAUUGUUCAUUGGGUUUUGAGGGGCCUAAAUGACAAGAACAGCGAGAUUCAUGUUCUUGACCCUAAGAUAGUAUCAGAUUGCACCAAAGAUGCAAUGAUGAAAGUCUUGAAGAUUGCCACAUUAUGCACUACCAAGCUUCCAUCUCUCCGCCCUAACAUGAGAGAUGUGGUUAAGAUGCUUGCUGAUGUUGAUCCUUGUGCUUUCAGGUCUCUUGAUGAUUACACCGAAAAAUCUCAGAAGGUUUUGCAUUAGUACUUUCACUGUCUUAUAUUCUCUGCUUCAAGCAACUUUAUUUUAUAAAUACCUUCAACUACAUUAUUGUAUACAUAGGUCCAAUUACUCUAAGAAAUCAAUUUUAUACUACUAGUGAAGCCAGAUUAGUAUCUAGUGCUGUAGUUUAGUUAUCUGUACUGUUAUGGAAAUGAAAACUGUAUUAAUGAUCAUUUUAGCAGAAAACUGCUAUUCACA